GAUCAGAUCAAAGGAGUUCAGGGAGAAAUUCAUUUGAACGGCAUCUUAACCCCACAACUCAGCUUAACAUGAGGACUCAAACCCCACUGCCUCAAGAAAAGUGCCCAUCGUAGCAAGAUGGUUUUAUGCACAAAAAGGGGGAAAUUCAACAUUACCCACAAUGGAGGAAUGGUUGAUGAAAAAGAUGGAACUUGCUAAAAUGGCUAAAUUGACCUCUUUGACGAGAGACAAAAGAAUAUUUAUGUUUAUUGAUGACAGGAAACCCCUUAUAGAUAUUGUGCAUGAAUUAGAAAAAUAUGAAUUUAUGAUUUAUGGUUUUGGUGAUUAAACAGGAUGGAUUAUAGAAAGACAAGAGUAUAUGGUAAUCAUAGAGUAAAAGGGAAAUUUAUAAUUGCACGUAUAACUGCUGUAAAAAAGAUAGGAAGCUACUUCUUUGUAUCGUUCUUCUUUUCUAUUUUUCUUCUACUUUUCCCUUUCUUGUGCUUUUGGCUGUCUCUUUGACUUUUUUUCUUUUCUUUUUCUUACUUUUGUCAGUUUGUAUACAUUUUUACCUCCUUUUUAAGCCAUGCUGCUCUCCAGUAGCUCUGGUAGGUUCAGCACACAAGGAGAUGGAUGAUUUAUCUAUGCAGAGAAGAGAUCAAAGGGCAGGGUGUGACUCCUGCGUCAUGCAGCACUGAAACUUCAAUGCCUAUUAUUUGCUCUCUCGCUCUCUGAAUACUUCUCUUUAUUCUGUGUAUUAAUCUUCCUUUGAGCAGAGGGGCAAAGUCUGAACUUGAAACCAUAUUCCAGGCACAGAUACAACUCUUUCUGUGGUCUUUUUCCUGAUUCUGUGCUUAGCAGAGGGAAAUCCUGUGUUUGUUCUAUCAAACCACCUGUUACCACAACAAUUCAGAAGAAACUUUGGCUGGUGAACAAGACUGUAAAAUCUGAAUUCAAAAUGGAAGAUCGCUUCAGCUAUAGGAAUGGUGCUAACUACGAUGACACUGGGACGGAUUUCAGCAGAGCCAACAGCAUGUCCAGGCCAAGUGGCAAAGCCAUUUACCAUCAAAGGAAGGAGUACAGUAGCACUAUAAUGAAGGCUGAGUGUGACUUCCGGCAUCGGGUGGAGCACCUUUUGACUUGUACUAUUGAUGGCAAAGAAAUCAACAAUGUAGAGAAUUGUAUUGAGCGACUCAAAAUGAUGGAUGCCCAAAGCCAAGUGUGGGGCCAAGACAUGCUUUUGCAGAUCAAGGAGAACAAAUUGUUGCUGAUGGACAUAGAGGCUGAGGAAGAGCUGGACUGCUAUCCCUUGGAAGAUAUCCAGGAUUGGGUCUCCAUCCUUAACUGUUGUAUUUACAACUCCAUCUUGGCUAUUUCUGUGAAAGAACUGAACCAGCAGAAAACUAGUAUCUUGCUCUUUCAAUGCGAGCAGAUUGGGGCUGACUUGUUGAAAACCAAAAUACAGAAAGCUAUUGAGGAAUGGAGAACCGAAUGUCAGAAUCAUGAUAUGCUCAGAGUGAACUUGGAGAACAUGUUGAAUCGGCAAAAUAGAGCACCUCACAUUGGCAACACCAAACUAAUUCCUCAUGAUUCUCCUUGGGACAUGGAGCAACGCUACACGGAAUUCAAUGAAGCUGAACAGCAAUUUGACCAGCAGCAGAAGUAUGAAACACAUCAAGAGGAUCCUAGACUCUCCCCGAUGUCGCAGGAUAAAUCUAUAGAAAUUGAGAUCCUGAACCAUGUUCUGGAUGAUAUAGAAUCAUUUGCAGGAAAAGUACAAAAGAACGGCACCCUGAGUGACAAGAAGAAAAAGAAAAAGAAAAAAGGAAAGGAAAGUGAUAACUAUCAAGCAUUACCCUCGGAAUCUGAGUUUGGAGACUGCUUCCAGAAGAUCAAGUACAGUUUCAAUUUGCUGGGGAAUCUUGACCAAACCAUACAACAGCCAAGUGCUCCUGAAUUGGUCACCCUCAUCUUCUCCACUCUAAGAACUAUUUUAUCCAGGUGUCCCUGGAUAAACUUGGCCUCUACAGUAGUCUUACCGUUGCUGACGCCUGCAGCUAUUAACUUGCUCAGGCGCUCCUUGAAAUAUGAUGACCAGACUAUUUGGAGGAAUUUGGGAACUGCUUGGAAUAAGACUAGGGAAGAAUUUCCAAAGGGACAAUCCUUCCCUCCCUAUAUACCCACAUUUUCAGAUGGAUGGAUGCCUCCCAGGUCUACUUGGAGAUCCAACAAUAUGGCUCAGGCAAAUGAAACCCAGAAUAAUUCCUCAGAUGGGGCUUCCAAUCCUCCACAACUCAUGCAAGCCAUAUCUGAUUUCCAUGCACGGAAUUCCCAAGAGCUCACUGUAAGAAAAGGAGACCUAUUAGAGAUUUUGGACCAAAGAAAAAGAUGGUGGCUUGCCAGAAAUGCCACGGGGGAGAAAGGUUAUAUCCCUAAUAAUAUUCUGGAAUCUAAGAAUCAGACAUCUAAUGAACACAAUCCAGAGCAAGUUUCAACAGGUUUCACUGAUGUCCAGCCAAGUUCCUCACCAGCAGAAGUCACAGUUUGGCUCAGGACAAAAGGUUUUUCCAAGAUCACAGUUAAAUCCCUUGGCAUCUUAAAUGGUAGACAGCUACUGUCGAUGAGCCAAGAAGAACUGAAAAUGGCCUGCCCAGAAGAGGGAAGAAAAGUAUUUUCAAUGCUUAGAGGAGUUAAAUCCCCACUGUAGUAAUGGUCCUCAGCAUUAGCUUUUGCAGAUCUCCCAACCCAUUCCACCAUCUAUUUUGAAGAGAUCAUCACUGCAUCAAUGGCACAACUCACUGAAAAUGUUAUUAGUUGCAUGGUAAUCUUCAGUCCACUAAUUUUCCAGUUAGUUUGUAAUUGCUGUGUUUAAGAAUAGCCUUCAAGAGGGCUUUAAGAUGCUUCUGUAAAUGCUGUAGCAAGUAACAUGCUUACCAUUUUUGAAUGAUCUCAGGAACAUCUGUAAAUGACUGUUAUUACAUUGGUGACACACUCUUCUAUUAUUGGGCUAUGGCUUUCAGAAUAGGGACAUUUAGAGGGGCCAUUGAUUCUUGCAGCCCGGCCUUAUCAUCGACCACCUCAUCAAUUUUUGACUGUGAAAAGAUACUAAAUCAAGGAAAUAUUUGUGAAGGAUAGAAUCUUAAAUGGAUCCUUUAGAUUUUAGAACUUUGAAAAGAUAACUUUGAGGUAGCCAGGAUGUUCUGAAUAAUGAAUCUGAUUUGGAAAUACUGUUAUCUUCUCCAAGUGAGGAUAAUUGGAGCAGGGGACAAAAGAUUAAAAGUGUAAAAAGACUAUAUUAUACUGUAUUAAUAGGUAUUCCAUCCCCAAAUUUGUAGUUAAGACACAGAUUAAUACAUUCUUAAAACAAUAAUUGAUCUUUUCCCAAGGAUUGGCAGAUGGCAUCCACUUAAUGAAAACGCUCCAGCAAGCCAGACCAUUAUUUUCAUCCUCACCCCAACCAUUUGAGUGCUACACGCAGAUAAGCAGAUUCUUUUUGGAUAAUAGCAAUAGCACCUCCACUUAGACUUAUAUACCGCUUUGCAGUGCUUUACUCUUUCCAAGCGGUUUACGGUCAGCAUAUUGCUCCCAACAAUCUGGGUCAUUUUACUGACCUCGGAAGGAGGGAAGGCUGAGUCAACCUUGAGCCUGGUGAGAAUCGAACUGCCAAACCGCAGGCAGCCAGUCGUCAGCAGAAGUAGUACUGCAUUCUAAUCACUGUGCCUCCUCAUAAUGUCUUAAGAGUAUUGACCUACUUUCCAACUUUCAUCAUUAUGUACAAACAUAGUUUAGGACAAGAACAUUUGGCUUGGAAAUAGAGGAGUCAAAUUGUUCAUUCCUUCUGAUGCUCUUUCACACUUCUGGAUUAGAAAUGAAGAAAAUGAUUCAAUGUAUUUACUGGUUGAAAUAUACCAUUUUAUGAGUGUAUUAUGAAUAUGAGUAUAUCAGGUUUACUUUAAUUUCUCCAUUUGUCAGUUAGAAAUACUUUCACUGAUUCAUGCUAGAACACGUUAGAGAGAAGUUGGGCAGAAAAAUGAAGUGAUUGUUUAAAAAAUAAUCAAUGAACUUCCCUUCUAUGAAAGUAAUUAUGUUUCAAUUAAUUCCAAAUUGUGCAUGUGUAUUCAUGUGAGAUUAUUCCCAGGAUUUGACAGCUUGUAAAUUUUGGGUUUGCAAAUGAUUCAAUUUUCAGGAACACACUUUGAGUAAAUCAGAAUACAGUUUUCAGAGGCUGCUAGUGUUCUUCUAACUUAUUAUUUUGUUUAAUCCAUUUUAUUUAAAUAUUUCUCAUAUGUAAUGGAAAAUAAAAUUAGUAGCCUUUUA